GCUCUCAAGUUCUGGCGCAGUCGUUUCCUCAUUUUACCUGCCUUUAAGGACACGACACGACGUCUUGUGGACAGUCUACGCGAGUAUGUCACUGCCUUUUACUUCAUUUGAGAAAUGUGUUUUAAUUAGCCAUCUACUUUUAAAACGUUCGUUCCCUUCCUCAAUGGUCAUAUUUUAG